AUGAGGGACCGUCUGGCGGAGCUGCGGCAGCGCGUGGCGGCCGAGGGGGACCCGCACGAGGACACCUUGGGCUUCGACAACCCGGCACUGGCCGGGGAUGAUGCCAGCCCCGUGGGGCGGGCGCUGCAGGAGGCGGCCGAGCUGUGGCGGGCGCUGGACCAGCUGGAGCAGCUCUCGGAGACCAUCGACAGGACGCAGCAGACGGUGCUGUGCUGCACCUCAGAGCAAAGCAUGGCCCGGGAGAAGCAGGGCCUGGGCGACGCCCGAGCCACCUUCGCCCGCCAGGCCGCAGCCCUGCAGCCCCGGCUGGGCGCCCUGCCCACGGGCCCGGCGGGGGGCUCGGGGCGAGCGGGGCCCCGCGUGCGCCAGACGCAGCUCUGGCUGCUGGUGAGGAGGUUCGGCGCCGUCCUCGCCCGCCACUAUGCCCGGGAGAGCCGCUACCGCCAGCGCCUCAAGGAGCAGAUCCAGAGGCAGGCGGAGCUGGCGGGCAUCGCCCUGGGCGCUCAGGACGUGGAGCAGCUGGCCGAGAGCCCUGGGGGGCCGCGCAUCGUAGGCCAGGACCUGGAGGAGCUCGAGGCCAAGCACCACCUCAGCGUGGCCCAGGCGCGCCAGCGGCAGCUCCUGGAGCUGGAGGCGCAGAUGGCGGAGCUGCGGGGGCUGUUCCUGCAGCUGGAGGGGCUGCUGGCCCAGCAGCACGGGGCGGCCGACAGCGUGGAGCAGCACGUGCUGCGCUCCCUCGACUGCGCCGCACAGGCCGAGGUGAAGAGGGCCCGGCAGUACCAGCGCCCAUCCCGGCUCUCGGCCCUGCUCAGCGCGGCCCUCGGGCUCUGCACCUGCUGCCCCUGCUUGCCUGGCCCUCGGGGCUUCCGCUGA